UGUUUUGGCAAACUGAACGCUGGUUUAUUUUUUUUUAAGAAUUUCUGUUAUGGGGGUAAUUUAUUUGUAAUUUUGUCUUUAAGUGAAGGUAUGUUUUGUUCUAACUAUUUGUAUUGUAUUUUAUUAUCACAUAAUUAUUAUCCAAUUUAAGUGCAUCAAGAAUCAAAGAAAAGAACUCUGAACAAAUUUAAUUAUUUUAAAGUUUAAUUAAUUAUAUUUUCGUCAAGGCAGUGUGCUAUUCAGUUUUCGGAACUAUUCUUUAAAUUGUGCAUUUGUAACUAUGUUUGGCUAACUGUGUUAUGCCAUCUAUGGUCACUUCCUUCUUCUUGGUGACCAUCAUGUGAAAAACUGUAUUAAUUUCUGCUCUUUAUUUAUCCACCGCAUCCAUGCGGUAGUUUCAAGUUUGGGUAGCCGCCUAUUGGCGGCCCACGAGUCAUGGAUCUGGAGUGCUUCCCUAUGCCGGCCAUGCUAUGAACUACUUGUAACCCUUUGUUUGGACGGCUACGGGAUUCACUCACUCAUGAAUUCAGGAAAGUGAUUCUUCGUUUUCAUACUUCGCAUGAAGCAUGUGUUCGGCAGUAAAUGUGGACAACCUACCUAAAUUCAUUUUAUAAAUUUUUCAUCGUUUGUUUUUAUUUUGUUUUGCUAACAUAAAUUUAUGAAUUAAAGUAACGUUAAUAAUUUAUUUAUUGUCUUGGGGCCCCAUAGUUUUUUUUUAAUUUAAGUAACAAAUGUAACAAGUAACAAAUGUAACAAGUAACAAAUGAUAUUCUAUUUAUUGUUUAUGAAGAUUUAUAAAUAACUAAGUAAUACUGUAAUACUCAUAAAGUUUUUUUAAUAUAUCAAAUAUAACUGAUGGUCUGAAAAUGAGUUAGUUUCUAUUUUAAAAUAUUACCCCCAAGUUAACAAGAAAAUAUUUCUUAUUAUUUUGUGAGCUGGUUGUUCAGUCGGCCUACCUUUGUGCUUAACUUCUUUUUCAACCUUGAGGUGGGACACCAUUGAGCCUAAGGUUCAGGGCAACUUCCACUGCUAGCCUUUCUCAAAAUGGUCAAACCUAACCAGGCUGGGAAAGGUUGGUAGAAAGUUUGGUAGCAGAGCGUGGUUCUGGUGUUUUAUCCUUGGGUGUUGUGUUGUGCAUGCGUAGCUUUUUUUAGCUUUCAUGUGUUGCUCCCUUGGAACCUUGCAUGGCUUGGGGGUGACAGCAGUUUGGUAGUUCUUUUGGUGUUUUGUAUUAAUUUUUUUUGUUUGUUCGUUAUGGCUACUUUGAUUCCCGAGUUUCUCCUUAAAGAUGAAUUGGCAUUUGAAUGUCAAUUGCGUGGUGUUCCCUGUGAGGACACUACUGCUGCCGUUUUGCGCAAACGAUUGCGCACGGCACUUCAGAGUAAUUUGACUGUUGAUUGUGACAAGUUGGUCAAUUUGAAUCCCAAUGAUGAAUUUAAUCUGUGUGCCAGUAAAAUUUUCGUACUGCAGGAAUUAGUGUCAAACUUGGAUGAUGAAAAUUUCGUAAGCACCUUACCUCGUGUCAAAAACCGUUUGGCCCACUUAAACAGACUUGUCCAGUGCCUUUUGGACAUUCAUUCCCCUAAGUUGUCAGAGGUGUAGAUUGCAUCAUUAGAAACUAUACUGAUUGAGAUUCAAAAGUUAGGUGAUAUCCUCAAUAAAUCUGAAACUGAGUUUUCGCUUUUGUGUGACCUAACCCCUGUGUCAUCUAUUGCACAAGUGUGUGACCAACUUGGUAGGUUGGCACUACCUACUUCCUUGCCUCAAAUUCCAGAUGUUUCUCCUGUUCCAGGUCCUUCCAAACAGGAUGUUGAACCUGUUUGUAGUAUGACAGGUAACCUUGUCACGUUACCUAACCUAACCUAUGUUUCUGCUAAACAGCCCGCUAGUGCUAACGCACACAUUGUUUUCAGUGGUGUACCAAGUACACAUCAAGCAACAGCGCUGAGUAAUAAAGUUUCAUUUUCCAAUGUGUUUGGAAAGUUAACCCACCCUUUAGAAAAAAUGUUAAAGGAUUUCCCAGCUACCGAUGGUCUGCAUAUACCUAAGUUUCUUCAUUUUCUUCAGCUCAUUGUGAAGCUACGUCAAAGCAACUCCUUACAUGAAGCUCAGUUGCUAGAGAUUAUUUACCCUUUUACCUUAGGUCCUUUGGCAGAGCGAACAAAUUUGGCCAUUUCUCAAAAUCUUACCUUUGACAAGUACCAUGAAGAUAUCCUGAGUUUUUUUAUUCCCUCUAGGUUAUUAACUCAGCUUCAGCUGAGCCAUUUCAAUCGAUUACAAAAACCAGGUGAACCUCUUGCAGUUUAUGUAAACGAAGUGAAGGAGGCAGCUGCCAUUUUUCGUUUACAAGUCUCAGAGCAGGAAGUGAUAAAUACCAUUUUAGAUGGUUUGUCUCCUGAAGAGCGAUCUAGACUUGUAUUUCUGUCUAAACCCUCUUCCUUUUCUGAACUUGAUAGGAUGUGCAUCCAUUCCCAGAAUGUCAGAUUUGCGGACUACCAUCGCAAUACACAUUUUCCUCAGUCAUCAAGUUUCAAGCAAUCCAAGAACCUUGCUGGUUCAUUUAGUCCUACACAAUCUGAUCGUGUUUAUGUCAACAGUACUGCUAGUGGACAAAAGCAGUAUAAAAUGCCUGCAAAUCAGGUGAACUCAGACCAGAAGCCGGUCUGUUAUUUUUGCAAAAACCCUGGACAUAAAAUUAAAGAAUGUAGGAAGUUGCAACAAAAAAACGCUCAGAGCAGGGACGCGAGGUGAGCCGCUUACCCUGCAAACCUAGCCUAAAUAAUGCGCAAUAUAACGCUCACCUGUUUCGACAAACCAAAUCAGCUCUUUCUUUUCAAAAAUACUUUGGAAGUAAAA